UCUCUCUCCGGCGAGUUUUGGCGGGUAAGGGUUUGCUGGGUUCUAUGUGGUCUCUUCAUACAUGGCGACUCUUCUUGAUGAUAUUGGGUUGUCUCAGUCUCUGCCUUUGCGUUUUCUCAAGAUUCAACCCAUCAAUGUCAGUUUGUGGGCAAGUUUGUCAAUAUCAAUUUCAGGACUGCAAGACAUGAAGAUUAGCCAUGCUGGUCUUGAUUCAGUUGUUUUCCUGAGAAUCUACACCAUAGGUGGGCAAUAAAAGAUGGACUCUCAUGGUGCAGAGAAAAUUGAGAGCCAAAAUCAGCCCCCACAGCCACGACAAGUAGCGAAGGGCACCACCUUCUUCAGAACUUGCUUCAAUGGACUCAAUGCCUUAUCAGGUGUUGGGAUACUAUCAAUUCCAUAUGCACUUUCUCAAGGAGGAUGGCUCAGCUUAAUAAUCCUCUUCUUAGUAGCAAUCCUCUGUUGCUACACGGGGCUACUUCUACUCCGAUGUAUGGAUGCAGACCCACUCAUCAAAACCUAUCCCGACAUAGGUGAGCUAGCAUUUGGGACCAAGGGAAGAGCUCUAGUGUCCACCUUGAUGUAUCUCGAGCUAUUUCUAGUCGCUGUUGAGUUUCUAAUACUUGAAGGAGACAAUCUCAACAAACUCUUCCCAAAUACUAGUGUCCACAUUGCUGGCCAAAAGAUUGGAGGGAAACAGUGCUUUGUUUUGCUUACUGCUUUCGUGAUAUUGCCGACCACGUGGUUGAGGAGUUUGGGAUUGCUGGCUUACGUCUCGGUCGGUGGGGUUUUGGCCUCUGUGGUUCUUGUUGGUUCUGUUUUCUGGGGUGGUGCUGUUGAUGGUGUAGGAUUUCAUGAAAGAGGAGACCUUUGGAAUUGGAGUGGAUUGCCUACUGCUAUAAGCUUGUAUACCUUUUGUUACUGUGGUCAUGCAGUUUUUCCCACACUCUGCAAUUCCAUGAAGGACAGAGGCCAAUUUCCUAUGGUUUUACUAGUUUGCUUUGUACUUAGCACCAUAUGCUAUGGAUCAAUGGCAGUUCUAGGAUACCUCAUGUUCGGAGAAAAUCUGAUGUCUCAAGUGACCUUAAAUCUUCCAACACACAACAUCAGUUCAAAAAUAGCUAUUUACACCACCUUGAUCAACCCCAUAACAAAGUAUGCGAUAAUUAUUUCUCCGAUUGCCACAGCCAUUGAAGCUACAUCCCCUUUCCGCAAUAGCAGACCUAUUAGUCUUCUCAUCAGAUCGGUUUUAGUUUUCAGCACGGCAGUUGUGGCGUUAUCAAUCCCAUUUUUUGGGUAUGUAAUGGCGUUUAUAGGCUCGUUUCUGAGUGUUAGUGUCUCAAUCUUGCUCCCGUGCCUUUGUUACCUUAAGAUCUACAAAGCGUACAGGAGUUUUGGGGCCGAGUUGAUGCUUAUCGGGGCAAUAUUGGUGAUGGGGGUUUUUGUUGCUGUAACAGGUACAUAUACUUCUUUGAGAGAAAUUGUAAAGCAUUUGAAAUCAGUUUGAAUCAACAAAGAUGUUAAUAGCAAGGGCUCUAAAACUUAAUUUGUUAUGGCCUUUUUGAGUUUUUGACUGAUUAUAGUUUGCAGAAGGUAUGAAACUGGCAAUGUAAAUUUAAAUAUUGUGCCAAGUAUGGUGACAAAGAUUCACAAAAACUUUUUUAUUU